CGUUCCAGUGUGAAGUAUAAUGUUUAGUAUUCUACACGUUGUUAGCAUUUACCAUUCAACCUAUAGUUAAUAAUUUUCAUACAUAUACCAUAAAAUAUAACUAAAAUAAUUAAUUAUAAAUACUUACCUAAAUCUAAUUUGAAAAUUGUUAAUAUUCACGACUUCUGAACGUACAAUAAUCUUAGUCAAUUGGUACCUACUUAAAAUAGUAAACAGACUUACCCGGAUUACUAUUCGGUUAAGUUGCUUUGAAGCAACAAAUCAUCGCGGCUCAAUCUAUAAUAAUGGUCUUCCCAUCACAAUCUCGUUUUUAAACCAGUCAGGAAUGCUCAAAUUCGGAAUUGUGAGAACUAAGUACCCAACAAUGUUUUCAAAAAUAUUAACGUACCCCAACUAAUUACUUUGAACGAGUUAGAUUGGUUUCAAUCAUUGUAAGGGAAGUGUUAAUUUUGUUUUAAGUCUCAUUGUCCCCUUUUCUUUAUUUUUUUCAAUUCAAAUAUUGUUAUAUAGUGACUAUAUAUUGUAUAUGAUCAUCCCAACAUAACAACUUUUUGAGAAGUAAAACUCAUAGUUUAGGUAAAUAAAAUAAUUUUUUAAUUUAAUGCAAUUUUAAUUCAUUCCAAUCACCAUAAUAUUAUACAAUAACUAAUAAUUUUUAUUUUCAAAUAAUAAAAUGUGACAAUAAUAUAAUAAUAAUUUGUGUUACCUAAUUUAUAAUAUUACUAGGUCUUAACUCUUAUUGAUAAAAAAUUCAAUAGGUAAAUGCCAAUACAUUUGUUAAUUGUAUACAGUUUCGACCUGGUACGUUAAAAGCGCCUUGAACAUUUGUUUUAUGACGCCUUAUAGAUGAAAUAUACAAAAACACUGAUGUGCGAUAUUAGGUCUAAAGUCGGUAUCAUCGGUUAAUAGCAUUCCUAAUAGUAACAACGGAUUUCGGAUAGUUAUAAUAUUCUUUUUCUACUUCAUCUUCAUUUCAACUAUUUGAGGCAAGCCACCCUCGUUUUAAACAUAUCUACUUGACCUAUUUCCCAUUUCACAUUUACCCUCAUAUUAUACUAAAUUGCAUUCAACCAUCUCUUUUUCAGUUUUCCUCACAUGCCCAAACUAUCUCAGCUUAUUUUUUCUAAUUUUCUUUAAUAUCGAAGCGACCUCUUAUGGGUAGAACACGAUUGCGUACGUUUGUCUUUCUUGAAAACACGAUUGUGUAUACAUGUCGAUGGAUUUAAGAACACUUAAGAAAAAAUAAAAUCGACAAGAUUACGUAUAAAUUCGUAUGCAACGUUGUCAAAUUUAAAUACUAUACACUUAAUAAAUAUUCAGUAAAAUAAUCGAGUAUUAUAAAAAACAAAAUAUUAUUACUAAUAAAAUAAUUGAUAAGUCACUAAAAUCAUAGUUGAAAAUGAAUUAUUUUAAAACACCUAAAUUUGAAUUCCAGAAUAUCUAUAAACUUCUACUUUUAAAUAUUACAAUACAUUUGUAUAGAUUUUAUACUCAUCUUUUAUGCUUUUUAUACUCUUUUAAUUCGAAUAAAAUCCAACAAAAUGCCAUUUUCUUUAUUUUUCUGUUAUUAACUAAUUGUAUAAUCGACCUAAUCUAUUCAAAUUUAAAACCAUUUACUGUUUUCCUUUUUCGGGUUUUAUUAGUUAAAGGCAGACAAUACCUAUAUAUUUAUAUUCCGACAUAGUGGUAUGAAAAUUGGCAAAAACGUUUAAACAUUUGUACCCAAUCGUAUUUUACCCACCUCUUAUAUAUCUACUCGUCCCUUAUCCUAUCUUCUCUCGUCAUACUCCACUCAUACACCUAAGCAUUCACAUCUGUGCUAUAUUCAUUUUCUGUACUAUUUUAUUGUCUACCACUCCCAACACUUCCAACUACACAACAUAAUCUCAGUCUCACCACAAUUUAGAACUUUAUUUUAAGUCUCAUUAAAAUUCUCUUGUCACAUAAAACAACUGACGCUUCACUCCCCUUACUCAUAUCACACUUAAUAAUGUAUUUCACAUUCUCAUGAAAGUCACCGCUAUUUUGUACAGAAGAUCUUAGAUACUUACCUACUUCAAAUUCCCAACACCACUUAUUGUCGUUAGCUGUUUUAUCCUGUUUUUCCUAACUCAUACACUGUUUUACUUCUACUUAUUUUUAAUCCCUUUCUUUUAAGUUCAAAUCUCUAUUCCUCAAGUCUAUUUUUAAGUUAUUCAAGAUUUUCUACUGUUAAAGCUAUCUAUAUCAUCUGCAAACAUCAUGCAACAUGGUCCAUGAUACAUCCUCUCACAUGUCUCAGCACACAUCCAAGAUGGGACAAUCCGCAAAGUCUUGUUUAAAAUUAUUACUAGAUUUAGAACUAUAUUGUUUGACAGAACUUUAAACUUGACGCAACUCCAUUUGUUGCCUCUUAUGACAAGUAGAGGUACCUUGGGAAUAUUUUAAUCGCCUCCUAUUUGGGAGAUUUCGAAUAUUUAUAAAAAGUAGGUACUUAACAAUAUAUAUAGUAUAGGUAUAUUUAUAGUUGAUAAAUCUCUACUAUAUUAACAAAAGCGAUUUUCAGCGACAGUUCAGUUGUUAGUAUUUUGUGUAGACAUUUAUUUGUUGACACAGUAUGCAAUAGUCUACCUACUUAAGUCUUAACAAUAGGUACUUACUAUGUGUCUUUACUUAAAGACAAUAAGUAAUUAAAUUACCAUAUUUUAUAAAUCUUGGGGCUUAACACAAACACGACUGGGGCCCGUGUACAUUCGUGGUCUAGUGGCCAUGAUCAGGCUAACACUGAUGCUAGAUGUGAAAAAGCCCCGAGGCAAUUAAAAAACUAGUCCUUUUAACUAACAUGAUCUUUAUGAAAAUUCGAAAUAUACCUACACGUAGCAGUUUUUUUUGUGCCAAUACUUACUAUGGAACUACAAAUAAAAAUAAUAAAAAGAUAGUUAAUAAAUAAAUAAAGUAAAAGGAAAUCCAAUAUACUAUACAGUUUAUUAUACUAUAAAAAUUAUAACUAUCAGCACGGUAAAUCCCAUUCAUUGCAUAUUAUUAUUAUGUAUAAGUAUAAUUAAAUACUGAUUGUGACUGGAAUUACCACAUAAGAUUUAAAACAUUUAUUACUAAGUACAUCAAAAUUUGCAAUUAUUUUAAGGAAGUAAUUUCAGAAUUAUUCGAGGCCCUCCGAGCUCUGAGAUACUGCCUUACUUUGCCCUAUGAUAAAUACGUUACUGCACUGAAUAUAUAUUUUGAACCAUAAUACCAAAGUUUGGCAAUCGCUAAUAAUAUUAGGGAUUUUCUUUCCCGUAUUUCGGAUAUUUAGUUUUCAAGGAAAAACAGAGAAAAACGUAAAAAAAAAAACAGGAAUAAGUAGAUAAAUUAUUAAAAAACUUAUCAAAGAAAAUAUUUAAUGGAUAGGUAUGUAAUUUUUUCCAUAAUAUGACAUAUAUGUUGUUGAUAAAGUAAUACUAUCAACUGAAGAAUCCACUCAGAAUCGUUUUUUCGUUAGCAAUGAUUUAUCGUUGCUUACAGAUAUACAUUAAAUUCCUGUCUGUAGCCUACCUUCCUAACUUCCCACCUACAACAGUGGCUGCACCCACGUGCGAAGUAUGUCCGUCUGUUUUUUCUCUGAACUUUAAAAAAUUAUUAAAGAUUACGAAUUUAAUAAAAAUAAAAAGUUGUAUUUAACGUCAAAAUGUUCAGGCGAAUGAAUUCUACGAAAUGGCUAUCUUCACAUUUUCGAAAACAAUAAAAUAAUAAGUUAUAAUAAAGUUAUUAUAAAUCAUGCAAAUUUAAUUCAAAUAUAGAUAAUUGUGAUCUUUAACCCCCCACUUAAAAACACAAAUUUAAAUAUAAAAUAUUUUUUUGAAAAUGUUGAUAUGCAUAACACUAAUAUCUGUUUAUGAACUUUAACAGUUUAAAGUUUAGACCAGAGGAGUAGGGCAGGAUAAUAAUAUCGCCUAUCUAUAACAAUAUUUUCUAUUCAAAUUUGUGUUCAAAAAGGGAGGUUCUUAUUUGAAAACCAAAAGAGUGUACUUAUUUAAGGUAUAUGAAGUAGGGGUAAAAAUUAAAAAUGGUUUUAAAAUAAAGCUUAAACAAUUCGAUAAUGGUUAGAAAAAACAGAAAUCAAAUUCACUUAAAACCUCUGAGAUAAUUAUCAGCAAAUUACUAUGAUAAAAAAAUUACACUGUAUAUAUAUCUCAAGGUCCUACUCACAAUAAAUUAAAUAUUUUAUUUUUUAUGUGGUUAAAUACUUAAAUUUUAAACAGUAACGACUAAUACAUUACGAAUUUAAAGUUUGAAACUACUAAACAUCAUCGAUCAUCAUAUUAUUAUCAUAAACCAGCCCCCUCUCAGUCACCACAUUUCAUUGGAGUGCAAUGACAUCUUAUAAAUUCGUUCAAGCCGCCUCCGUUAACAAAUAGACAAUGAAGUUGUAUAUAACUAUGAAAUAAUGAUAACAGGAUGUUUGAUAAUAGUAUCGUUUAAUCGUCCGUAUUUUAGCUCUACUCACCACGAAUUAAAGUAUCUUAAAUUCUUAAUUCAUCAUACUCUAUCUUCGCGUAUUUCAAAACGUUCAGUGAGAAUUAUAGUAGUAGUUAUAUAUAGUUCGUACUGGUUAUUGAUUUCCGUGUACAGUGUAUAGUUAAGUGAAAUAGCCGACUACGUUAAAACAAUAUUGUCGCUUUACUUUAGUACACAAUUGUGUAAUAAUAUUUAAUCGUGUUAAAUCUAACUUACAAUGGAUAGUUUUAAUGGAAAACGGUUUACUCCGAAAUUAAAAGAAUCUGCAUUAAACAGAAAUAAGAAACAGGAUUCAGAAGUAAGAUAAUAUAAAAUUUUAACUUAUUUUUGUGUAGGUGUAGGUACUAUAUAAUUAAUAAUAUUAUAUUAAAUUUUUUUAAUUCAGGAAGAAUUUGACUGUCCCGAUAUAGAAUAUACAUAUGGAGAUACUGAUACCCAUCUUUGCGAAAUUGCAGAAUUAUAUAGUUACUCUGAGCUGGAAGAUUUUCAAACUAAUAUUCAGGUUAUAUAAAAAAAAAUAAUAUGUAUACUGAUAAUUAAACAUAUUUAUACAUAAUUUAUUCGCCAUAUACUUAUUCAUAAAAUACCAUAUUCUUUAUUCUUAUUUUUCCUCAUUUUUUCCAAGCUAUUCCAGUUUUUCCAGCCAUUUUUCAUUUGUCAUUCUGCAACUUCUGCAUUAAACAUUCUAAAAUCAUUUUUAUUUGUAUAUAACUGGAAUUAGAAUUAUAUUUUGUGUAGGAAUUCGAAAAAGUAAUGCAGGAAUUGAAUCUUAAACCUGCAUGGCAUAGUUUGAGUAUGGACAAUAAAAAUAUUGUUUUAUCAAAAUUGCUUGAUUUGUUAGAAGUAUCAGACAGUUCAAAGAGAAUGAAUGCUGCUAGAUGUGUAUUGUAUUUAUUACAAGUAAAUAUAUUUAAACAAUUUUAUUUCACUAAAUAAAUUUAAGUAAUUAUUUAAAUGAAACACGUUGUUGCUUUCCAAGGGUUCUUGGGCUGAAUGUCAAUCAGACAGAGACCAACAAAUGAAUUCCAAAGAAAAUGUGCUAUUUUUAUACAAAUUUGGUGUUUAUAAUAUAUUUGUCAAUCUCUUAAACAUGGAAAUAGAGUAUGCUGGUUAUAUUAGUACUGUCCAAAAUGUUGUUAUUUAUUAAAACUUUUAAUUUUAGUUCAGUACAAUCUCAUAGAAAAACUCAAACUAACUGUACAGAUUCUAUGAAUUUAAGAUUAAUUUUGAAUGUAUUGUACACAUUUAUUGAAGUUUUAAGGAUUUCAGAAUUUGAAACUGAUGUUGAAAUCAACGAAUUUAGAAACAAUCUUUUAUUAGAAAUAGGUAAUUAAAAAAUGUAACUAAAAUUUUUCUAAAAAAAAUGCUUUAAUCAUUUAAUAUAUAUUUAAUUUUGAAAUUCUAUGGAUAUUUAUAGGUUUGCCUCAUAACCAAGAUCAUAUUAUACUUAAACUCCAAGGAAUGAUUACUAAAUUUUGUAGUGGUCUUGCUCCACAUUAUCCAAUGAAAAAAGUUUUACUGUUGCUGUGGAAAUUAAUUCUUGUAAUACUCGGUGGAAUGAAUAAAUUAGCUAAUUUAAAAAGUAUUUAUAUUUACUUAUAUUUACAUGUGAUAUUAAAUAAUAAUAAUCUUACACAUCUUAGAUGAAUAUCGAAAAAAUGUAAACCUGUCAAUUCUUCAAGAAGAUCCAAUUGAAAUAAUUAAAUCCAUGCGAUCUUCUUCCCCUCCUCCAAGCUCUACUGAUUUGAUAAAUGCACAAAAACGAGGAAACCGUCAAAAAAGGGUAAUUUAUAUUAUUGUAUAUAAAACAAAAGUUAUUUUAUUAAUUAGUAUAUACUACAAUUAUUAAAAAAUAUAAUGUAUUUUAAUUUUAACUUCUGUACUUUUUUUCUAUAAUACAGGAAGGGGGAAUGACAGGAUCCCCCAUUAAGUCAUUUCUCUUAAACAUUUAUAAUAAUAUACAGAGUGAAAUAUACAUCUUUUAAGUAUUAGUGAGCUCAAUGCUUACCUCAUUUGUGUGGUUUAAUACUACUACAUUGAUUGUAGCAAUACUGCUACAGAAUAUGCCUGUCGAAAUCGCGUAUAGAAAAACUUCUCAUGCACACAAAAUAGAAACUGCUACUUAUGAAACAUGUAGAAUAAUUGCAUGCUACCUAAAACCUAUAAAGAAUAGAAAACUUGAAUGUAGGGCUUGGAUUUGAAAGCAAUAUAAAAAAUAAAAAAAGCAUUUAAUUUAUAUUAAAAACAAUUAAAAAAUAAACUAAAAAAGAUUGACAUACCUCACUCAUGGGUGCUGCCACUGUUAUAGCUGAGAAGUUGGGAAGGUAGUAGUGGCUAAAUUUAAUGUAUAUCUGUAAGCAAUGAUAAACCAUUGCUAACAAAACAGCAAUUCUGAAAGCAGUUCGGUUGAUAGUUAUACUUUGUAAACAAUAUGUAUGUCAUAUUAUAGUAGAAUAAUUAACUAGGCGUUAUAUAUUUUCUUUAAUAAUAUUUGUUUAAUAUUGUACUGAUUUUCCCAUUUUUUUUAAAUUAACUGCCAUAAUAUAUUUAGGUAUAUAUAUGUUCUUCUGAAAAAUUGAUGGUUUGGGUUUAAAAUAUAUUUGUACAUAAAGAAUGAUCUUUUAUAAACAUUAAAUUAACUUGCCAUACCAAAUAUUAGAUAAAGUUUUUAGCAAUAUCAAUAAAUAUUACUGAUAAAAAAAACCUAUUAAAAAUAAUUGUAUACAUAAUAUUGACAAUAUGUCUUCACAAGCUCUUAUUAGAUCAAUUGAAAAUUAUGACCAAUAAAGGCAAAAAAAAAAAAACAAUAAAAAAUAUUGAUCCAUUAUCUUGGAUAUUAAAUGAAACACAUUUUUAUGCAAAAAUUAUUUUUCUAUCAUUAUUUAAAAAAAAAAAAAAAAGCUUUUGCUUUCAAAUACAAGCCCUUCUUAUAUGUUAUUAGUGGAGUAGCUCCUUCACAGAUUAGGAGAGAUAUGACAACAGAUUUAGAGAAAAUAAAAAUAGAAAGGACACCAAACAUCUUAUGUAGAGAUAAAGUUGCCAAAAUACAGGUUAAAGUCAAGGAAGUUUUAUAAAAACAAGUAUAGUGAUUCAUAGCUAAAGUAACAAGAAAAGAGUAAAACACUGGAAACAAAUUAUGUUAAAAUUAAGAGAAAAGGAAGAAAAUGAAAACAUGCAAUUGCAAAAACACCAAAAGAAGAGUUACAUAAAGACAAAACACUUCUAUGAAAUUUAAGGAGAACCAUAAACCAAAUAAAAGUAUCAUACAUCUGUAUUAAAAAGAACAUAUUGUAUAAAUAGGACUUAGUUGAAAAUGAAAAAUGUGAAUGAGGAGAAAGUUCAGUAUGAAAGACAUGUUUAUGAGUAUCUUAAUCUUAAUGCUGAAUACACAAAGAUAGAUAUAGAAGUAAAUAACAACGCCAGAAUAUUAAAAUGGGAAGUUAUAAAUAAAGAUGUACAUGUUAAGCUUCUAUAAACAGGACACAAAAAGAAGAAGAUUGUUAAAUUAUGCAUAUAAAUUCUAAUUCUGAUACUUGGAAUUUUUUGAAGUGUAGUGAAAGAUGAUAUUUUUGAAUACCUACUUAGAUUUUUCACAAUAUUUAAGGAUUAUCCUGUGACUAUACCAACUAUGGUUUUUUUUAUGAGAACCUACAUGUUUUAAUGCAAAUUGUCAAUCAGAUGAUUUAUCUGAAAAUAUUAAUAUUUUAAUUAAAAUUUGAAUAAAAAUGCUUUAAAUACUAAAGAAUAAUAACUCCACUGUUAUCACAAAUCAAGAAAUCCUUUAUACAAAUGAAACUGUUACUAUAUAAUCUUCUUAAAAGACUUAUCCUUAGUAUUUAAAGCAGAAUAACUCAAAAAUAUUUCAUUUCGAUUACAAUACUCAACAUUUCUAAAAAAAAAAAUUAUUAAUUUGCAUUAAAACAUGUAGGUUUUAAUUUGAAAAACCAAUGAUGUUAUUACCACAGGAUACUCCUUAAAAUUACUCCACAAAAUUUAAUGUUGUUGAAAAUCAAGGUACUUGUGGGAAAAUAUCUUCACUGAAUUUGAAAUCACUUUAUGUAUUGUAUUAUAUCUUCAUAGUUAUAAAAAAAGAUUAAUAUGUAGAUUAAUAGUUUUAUACAAAUUAUCUUUAUCCCCCUUUCAUGACAAAAUUAUUUGACCACCACUGUGGUAAUAUGUAGUAUUUGACAAUACUAAUUAAUUUUAAUUUUUCUUAGAGCUUAAUAAAGCAAAGUUCAUUGGAUGAGUCUAUUGUGGUCAUGGAUUUAUCUUACCAAAACGAUGAUGAUUUGUCAGAUUAUGAAGAUCAACAAUUAGGAAUGGAGGAGAUUACUAAUGUGAAAAAUAUCCCAGAAAUGUCAGACUAUUUAAAAUCCGAAUUGCCACCUAGUCCAUUGAUAACAAAAGGUCUACCUUGGAUUCCUAAAGUACGCCAUAAAGAAUUACAGUUUUUUUUGGAUCAAACCAGAAUUAAAUUUCUUGGUUACAAAUUAGAAAAUGAUACAGAUACAUUAAUUGGUUUGCCUGAACCAAUUCAUGAGAGUGUAUCUAUUCUCAAACAAGUAAUUUGUUUAAUAAUAUAAAUUAAAAAAUUUAAAAUUCUAUGAAAUAAUGUUAUUUUCAGUAUUUGUAUACAUCAUUAGCAGAUUAUCAAAUCAAAAGAGAAGAAAUGAUUCAAAAAAAUCCAAUGAUAUUAGGGGAAAGUGAUUAUUACCAACAGAGUCCAGCAGAAAUUUUAUAUAAGGUAUUACUUUAAUUUGAAUAUGCUUUUUAAAGCGUAAACCUGUGGCCCAAUUAUUUCCUUAUUAUUAUUUUUGGCCUUCACAAUUUUUUCCCAACACAACAUUGAUUAUUAUUUGUAAGAUGUUAUAUUAUUUAAUACGUUAAUUAAAUUUUGAUUUUCUAUUUUUCCACCUUUAAAAUUAUUAUUUAUUUUUAAUGAAAAAUAUACCAUAACUUAAUUCUCAAACUCUUUUAAUCAUUGUAGUGGUAUAAUUGUCCUUGGUUAUAUCACUAAAAUGUAUGUUUUCUGCAUUAUUUCAUAUUUAACAGUGUUUAAUAAAAAGUAAAAACCUGUCUAUAAUAAUUUAAUAUAGAUGACUUAUAAACAUGUGAAUAAUUUAAUGUUAAUUUUUUAGGCCAUGUUACCUAACUUACCAACACAAAUGAUUGCCUUAUUAAAAAUAUUACUGGCUGCUUCACCUACAUCAAAAGCAAAAAGUGAUUCCAUCAAUAUAGUUGCUGAUAUAUUACCAGUUAAUGUCCCGUAUGUUAACAAAUUACCAGUCAGUCAAGUAAUUUUUAUUAUGUUUUAAUGAGUUACAUAUUGUACUUUGCAGAGUAUCAUUUUCUGAAUCUGUGAAACUAGAAACAGAUAUAAACAGACAGAAAGAAAUUGUUGUCAAAGCCAUUAGUGGUAUAUUAAUUCUGCUUCUAAAACAUUUUAAAGCAAAUCACAUAUAUCAAUUUGAGUUUAUCUCUCAGCAUUUAGUAUUUGCAAAUUGCAUUCCUCUUGUCAUUAAGUUUUUAAAUCAAAAUCUUGUGACUUACAUUUCCUCUAAAAAUACGUGAGUAUUUAAUUUUCUUGUAUUCUAUUUAAAUCAUAGUUUAUUAUAUUAACAUAUAUUUGUAUACUUAAUUGAUUUUAGGAUUCCAUUGUUAGAUUUCCCAACGUGUGUUAUUGGACAGGGACCUGAUCUGGAUAAUAUUGAAGUAGGAGAAUUUCCAUUAUGUUCUUGGAGAAAUGUUUAUUCUUGUAUCAAUUUACUAAGAGUUUUGAACAAAAUAACUAAAUGGAAACAUUCCAGAAUUAUGGUAAAUAAUAUACUAUACUUAUUAUGGAGGUCCUUUUAGUUUUUAAAAAUUCUUUAAAAGUCAUUAGUUUUGUAAUAGGCCCAAUGUAUGAGACCAAUGAUGGAUCUAGGUAGGUAGCUACAUAUAAUAUUUGACUCAACUCUGAGUAAUGUAAUAAAAAUAAAAGUUCAAAAAACAUUCCAUGUCCAAUAUUAUUUCUCCACAAAAUUAUUCUAAGUCCAAUCCAUUAAAUUCUCAAUAAAAAAAAACACAAGUCCAAAAAUACGUAAAGUAGACUAAUGCAAAGGUACACGCAAUAGAUUAUGGUAGACUCAUCUGAUUUGACAAUGAUUUGGGUGGCUAUAUAUAUCCUCGGAAUGGGCCACUGCAACCUGCUGUCAAUAAUCACUACUGUCUAUAUGACAUUUUGCUCAUGACAUUUUUAUAUAUCCUGGAACUAAAUUUAGGUAUGCUCAUCCAUACUAUAAUUCAUUUUUUUAUUUCUGAAAAUCUUUAAUAAUUUUUUUGUUAUUUGUACUAUUAUUUGUUUUUUUCUAUGUGUAACCACUAAGGUAUUUAUUAUGUAUUUUAAUCUCUAAAAUUUUAUCUCUAAUAAAAGAUACAAAUAAAAUUAACUUGUCUACCAUCAAUUUUGCUCUGUUUUCAAUGAUAACACUUUUUCUGAAAGGAAAUCUGAUUGAAAUAGUACUCUAGGGUGGUCAUUUUUUGAUUUUCUUAGAAGUUUUCCUAAUAAAUGAAAAAAAUCAUAGGAAGCCGAGAAAAUAGGAACAAUAUUAAACAAAUUAUUAAAGAAAAUGUAUAACUUAUGUAAUUAUUUUACCAUAAUAUGACAUAUAUAUAUUUAUUAUUCCUAACUUUUCACCUACAGCAGUGGCUGCACCCAUGUUUGAAGUAUGUCAGUCUUUUUAAACUUUUAGUUUUAGAGUAGUAAAUACAGAAGAUUAUAAAUAUUAUUUUUUUUUUUUUUUAUCAAUUAUUAGUAAGGUUCACUUUAAUAUUUGCCUAUACUUUGUAUCAUUAUGAUUAGAUUAAUAUGUUCUUAAAAUCCACAAAAAAUCACUUGAAAAGUAAAAGCCUAGAAAAAAAAUCACUCAAUAAAUAUAACAAUGUAAAAAUAGUAAAAGGAUUUAAUAGUCCUCCCUAUAACGAAUUUAAUUAAUAAAUAUAAUUUUCUAACACCACAAAAAUGAUUACUAAAAAGUAAUUUUUUUUAUAAUUUUAUUUAACAGAAAUAGUUUUGUGUUAAUCAUUUUUGUAGUGUGACAAAAUCAAAUUUAACUUAAAGUCAUUAGAAGGGGACUUAAAUACCCCUCUGUCUUUUUUACUUUUUUAAAUGUUUUAAGUGUUUAUUUUUUUUCAAGGUUUUUUUUGUGUUUUUAAGUGCCUUUUUGUGUAUUCUAAAGAAUAUAAAUCCAGUUUCUAAUUAUGAUGUUCACAAAUAAAAAAUUAAAUAUGGUUUAUUUUGUGUUUAGAUGUUAGUUAUAUUUAAAUCAGCACCUAUAUUGAAAAAAUCUUUAAAAGUAAGACACGCAAUGAUGCAGAAUUACAUUUUGAAAUUAUUGAAAAUGCAAGCGAAAUAUUUAGGCCGAGCAUGGAGAAAAUCCAAUAUGAAAACAAUGAGCAAUAUUUAUCAAAAAGUUCGCCACAGAUUAAAUGAUGACUGGGCUUAUGGAAAUGGUAAGAUAUAUUGUUAUUAUAAUAAAUGCAUAAUGCAUAUUGAUAUGUUACAUGAUAUAUACAUAUUGUAAUAUUUUGUAGUAUUUUUUAAUUUAAAAAGCAUCAACUAAUUAAUUUUAAAUGUAGAGAUUCUUAACAGCAUUUAAUUGUGUAUUGAUUAAUCAAGAAGCAUUUGUUUUUAAUAUUUUAUUAAGAGAAUGCCAUACUGACAUGGCAUCUACUGUCUUAAAACCAUAGCAAAUAUGUGUUCAUUAAGACACAUUUUAUGCUAUUAGUUUUAAUAUUAAAGGUAAUAAGAUUAUAUAUGCCCUAUCGUUUAUGUUUUUUUUUUGAUAUUUCAAUUUUUAAGCAAGUUAUAAUCAUUUUUAAAUUUUGAUAUUUAAUAUACUCAUAUCUCAUUUAAAAAUAAAAAUAUUAAAAAAUUAUUAAUGUUAGAGUACAUAUAAUCUCUCAUCUUUAAUUUUGGUAAUAGUUCAAUUUGCUUUAAUAUUAAAACUAAUGGCACAAUGUGUUCUACUGAACUCAAAUUUCCUAUGUCUUUCCUUUGCAAGACAGAGACAGUAGAUGUCAUGUGGCAUCCUCUUAAUAAAAGAAAUUUACUAACAAAUAUACAUGUUUUCAAACAAAGUCAAUAUUUGAUUUUAUAUUGAUAUUUGUAAAUAGUUUUCAAUGUCACCAAAAUUUAUUAUAAAUGGGUUGUAGAAUAAUUUAGUUUUUGAUUCAAUGGAAUAAAAAUCAGAAAAUUUAAUCAUCAAAUAUAACAUAUAUAAUUGUUUUGUUAUAAAACCAUACAAAAUGUAUGCCUUUUUUACACAGGACAAGUACUCCAAUAUUUACCAAGUCAGGAAAACAAGGCAUUAUACAUAAUAAUUAUUUUUUAUACAAAUAACAAAUCUUAUUUGCAUGCUACAUAAAAUUGGGAUGAGGGUCAACCACAUGUCUAAUAUCCUUGAUUUAAACUAUCAACGUAAUAUAUCGUACAAUAUGUAAAAAAUGAAUGGAUUAGCAAAUAGAUUUUUAACACCAUUUCUGAAUAAUAUAUUUUAUUUACAUUUAUGAUUUUAUUUAAGAUCUUGAAGCUAGGCCUACAGACUUUCAAAUUGAAGAACGAUUUUUGAGGUCUGCAGUAGAUAAGUUCCACGCACGACGAUAUUCCCCAAAAUGUGUAAGUAUAUACAAUACAGUACAGUAUGUACAGUAGUUUUAUGUAAUACAAUUUUUUCAUAUUCAAAUAUUUAAAUAUAAUGAACAGUGGUGCCUAUAUGGUUGUUAUUUUCAUUAUUUUAAUACAUAUUAAACAUUUAUUAAAUUCUUCAUUCAAAUGUAAAAUAAAUCAUCGUUUAUUAAAAAUAUUAACUAAUUUUGUACAUUUUAAAGGAUGAUGAAUUUACACCAAAAGAUUACUCCAUCAAUUGUGCUUUGGGAAAACCUGUCACAUUAUCAAAUGAAUUUAAACAACAUUAUGAAAUUUGGUUAGACCAAGAAGUUUUUCGGAAUGAUAUUGAUUGGAAUGCAUUAAUUUCUGACAUAGAAAAAUAAAUUUACAGUCUUUUUACAUUUUUUAAAAGUUUAUUUUUAUUUUUCUGUAUAAUGUAUGCAUAGAAUCUAACAAGACCUAUUAUCUAAUAAUAUUAUAGUAUUAAAUUUUAAUCUAAUAACUAGAGGUAAAAUUAAAACAAAAAAAAAAAUUUUUUAAAUAUUUUAAUUUAAGUAUCAUUUUAUUUCAUUUUUAAAAAUUCUAAAUCAAACUAUCAUUGUUUAUUCGAAUAUUAAUAGUAAUAGGUUUAAUGGUAUGAUUUUUUAUGUAUUCUAUCAGUGAUCAACUUUUCUACUCGAAAUCUUGUUCCAAUUGAAAAAAUUACAAAAUACUUGUUUUAUUCUAUUUUAAAUCUGGUUGAUAUGGUAUGAAGAUAAUUAUUUGAUUUUCCAAGUGAUGUUCAUAAUAAUUGGAAAAAAGUGGACAAAUUCAUACAACAUCCCGAUUUCAAUAUUUUAAAUGUUUUCUUAUUUUGUUUUCUACUAAAAAUCUUCUUCCAAAUUUCAAGAGUAUCUUUUCUGAAAUAAAAUUUUAUCUAGUUGUUGAGUAAGAAAUUAAUUUUUUUGAUUAUCCAUGUAUUUUUCUUGAUAACUA